UUUGCUGUGUCUCCGUCCACAGGAGGCGCUAUUCACAGUUAGGUCAAGUUUAUUGUAGCUGUUGCCAAAUGAAUGUUUUCUGUACUGAUUUUUUUUUCGGGCCGCAUUUAACCGACACAGUUCCUUUUUUAAGUGCCUUUGUGUAAAAUUUUAAGCUCUAUGAGUAAAGCACAUGCAAAAAGCUUCAAAGAAUAGUUUUAUACGUUUUCCCCCUCAAAAUUUCACUAUACUAUAUAAUUUCUAAACACUUGGCAACCUCGACCCUCGACGUAAUCGCGGCUGCAGCCAUAGCAGCCAGAUACAGCUUGGUAAACAAAGCGGACAGCUAGCGAGCUAACUGUAAUGCCAAUACAUUUUUUUUUUCUCUCGCAAAAAAACGUUCUAAAAUUGAGAGUAAAGCAUUUGCGGGGACAGUUUCAAAACGGUAUACAUAGUUAUUAUCUAACGAUAUUUUCUUUCUAAUGGCAUAAUAUGUAAUUUAACAGUUUCAUGGAUCGUAUGUAGCUAACCAGUUGCUAACUGGUUAGCCUUUCAGUGAGGCUGCAUUGAUUUGGGUAACGUUAGAGAGCAAAAUGAAACUAAACUGUAUGGUCAAUAUGGUAAGUGACCGUCUGCUAAUUAGAGGAUGUAUCUUAGCUGACCAUUUUUAGUUUAUUUCGUCCCUUAAUUCUCUAAUAAAUAAAAAAAAACAAAAUGUCUGUAAUCAAAUCUUUGCGAAUCACUCGGAUAGGCAGAUAAAAGCGUGCUAGCAGAUAACGGGUUUAUUGAAAACACGACGAAAAGAAAAUCAGCCAGGAACGUCAGUAAUCAGCCAAAACGGCUGUCAUGAAAUAGUAAAUCCCAGUUCAAGCACUUGGGGUGAAAUGUUCAAUCUGAUGGCGAACUGCUGCAACUGGUUGAAACGGUGGAGAGAACCUGCAAGGAAGGUGACAUUAGUAAUGGUUGGACUGGACAAUGCUGGAAAAACAGCUACUGUCAGAGGAAUCCAGGGAGAAAGUCCUUUAGAUGUAGCACCUACAGUGGGCUUCUCAAAGGUGGACCUGAAGCAGGGGAAGUUUGAGGUCACAAUCUUCGACCUGGGUGGCGGUAAGCGUAUCCGUGGCAUUUGGAAAAACUACUACUCUGAGUCUUACGGAGUGGUGUUUGUUGUGGAUUCCAGUGAUGUUCAAAGGAUCCAGGAGACCAGAGACACAAUGGCUGAAGUUCUCCGGCACCCUCGUAUUGCAGGCAAACCUGUAUUAGUACUGGCUAAUAAACAGGAUCAAGAUGGGGCAUUGGCUGAAGCAGAUAUCAUUGAGACCCUGUCAUUGGAGAAGCUUGUCAACGAAAAUAAAUGCCUCUGUCAGAUUGAACCCUGUUCUGCAGUGCUAGGUUAUGGUAAGAAGGUUGACAAAUCCAUCAAGAAUGGCCUUAACUGGCUCCUGAAUAACAUUGCCAAGGACUACGAGGCAAUUUCAGAGCGUGUGCAAAGAGAUACAGCUGAGCAGAAGGCUCAAGAAGAACAAGACAAGAAGGAAAGAGCAGAAAGAGUCCGGCGGAUCAGAGAGGAGAGAGACAGACAGGAGCGAGAAGAAGCAGAGCGAGAAGGAAGGGCAUCGAAAGAGGAACAUCUAGAUGAUGUCGACAUGCCCAACCCUUUCCAGCCAAUAACCAAUGUUGUUAGUGAGAAUGAAGACAGACUAAACAAAGAGAAAGAGAUGCAAAGACAGAGAGAAAAUGGCCAGCAGGGCAGUGUGCAAGAACAGACAGUCCUUCAAGAAGAGGAUGAAGAAGAAGAGGAGGAGGAUGAAGAGAGCGAGAGACAGACCCCGGAGAGCACAGAAUCAGGAGCAGUGGACCAGAACAAAAAGAAAACUAGGAAAUUACGAUUGAAACGUAAGCACAGAGUCGACCCUCUCAGAGUGGAAGAAGCAACACCCAAAAGCCCAACCCCUCCUCCUUUACCAGUUGGAUGGGCUACUCCUAAAACUUCUAGGCUCCCCAAACUUGAGCCUCUUGGAGAUACAAGACAUUCUGCAAGCCUCAGCCACAUCCUUCCUGUACAAUCAUUUGUCAACAGAAAUACAACAACCAUCCACCUUAAUACUGUGCCUAAUAAAUGCUACUAGCAUGAUCUCCUUAACGCCUCACUUGCUGCACUGUGACUAAUAUUUCUAUGGCAAACCUCUCCCACCUGUAGCAAUUAGGCAGAGGCCGAACAGCGAUACUCAUGAUGUAAUUUCCUAACACUACCUCUGCUUCCCCCCUGACUGGUUUACAAUUCUCAAGGGUCCCAACCAAUCAAAGUAUUGUUUUGUUCUUAUCUUCAAGCACGGGCAGUGUAGCAAACUACGCAGAUGAAAUUGCCCAGAAGCGAGGAACUGAUACCCAAUCGACAAACCCAGACGGAUCACAUGACCUCAAGCACCUAUUGACUGGUGGUCUGCAGAAGCUGGGGGACAUGGACAUUAAUGUUCAGAUAAUGUGCUCAAAUUUCGAACGGUUCAACAUUUUGAUGUCUUUGGAGCCGUUUGUCUUGUUUUAUCAAAAUUCUUAAAAUCAGUAUUAACAGACAUUUAAAACUCAGUUGAGACUUCUUUGUCAAAAAUAUAUCACAGACCUAUUUUUUAAGAGAAUUGAAAUGUAUGUAAAUACAUAAGAGUUUAAAUUUGUGUACUUGAAAUUGUACAAACAUGUUUUUAUGGUCCACAUGCAUAUCUUAAACUCAUAUAAUGUGCAGUUGAUUGUGACACAGUUUGCCUUUUAAAUAUCAGAUGGUCUUUUUUUCAGCAGCAUUUCUAGGUUUAUACACUACGCUGUCUUAAUUUUGAGAACGACAUUCAUACUCUCAAAUAGCACCAGCAACAGAUACAGAGAUCGUGAGAAAGUGAACUUUUGAAUGUGAUGGGAAAUGUUUGUGCAAGCCCCACAUGUGGUACAUUUUGCUUUAUCGGGGAGGAAAACAUUUGCCAUCUUCUGAAAGAUGAUUUACUGUAAAUGUAACAAUACUCAACAUCCAAUAUAAGUUCAUAUUUUAAUAUAAGAUGUCAUUUAUUGUAAACGCUGCUUUCGUAUUUAUUUGAUGCUAUUGCCAUUUUUAUAUUUCACAUUGUUUGUUUUGUUUUGUAUUUUACCCCACACACUAAUAUUUAGUUGAUGAAACGUUCUGUGCAUCAUCCAGUUUGCUCUGCUUUCGGUACCUGCGCCUUUUGUACCCAGUUUACACUCAAUAUGAAUGUCAAAUAAUAAAAAAAAAAAAGUA